AUGGAUCACUCAAUCCAGCGCUUGCUGAAUGAUAAACUCUACGACCGGAGGAAGCAAGGGGCUUUAGAGUACGCCUAUCCGAUCACGCUGCAGCAUUUGCAAUUAUCGCAAACUUGUUUGGUUUUCAGACUGCUGACCCCUCUUGGAACAAACAGGCUCGAGAAAGUCGUACGGGAUUCCGCGUUCAGAGGAGACCAUGAAGUUAUCCAAAGAAUCGUCGACCAGCUAUGCCAUGAUUACGCCUAUGCGGUACAUCAGCCUCAUGCGAGGAACGGGGGGUUGAUCGGUUUAGCGGCGGCGUCUAUAGCUUUGGGAUCAGAGGGAGUUGCUCCGUAUCUGAAAGAAAUCGUUCCGCCGGUACUUGCGUGCUUUUCGGAUCAAGAUGCGAGGGUCAGAUACUACGCUUGCGAGAGCAUGUACAACAUUGCCAAGGUCGCGAAAGGGGAAAUAUUGUUGUUUUUCAACGAGAUAUUCGAUGCGCUAAGCAAGCUAGCUUCAGAUUCCGAAUUAUCCGUGAAGAACGGAGCAGAACUGCUCGAUCGACUCGUGAAAGAUAUCGUUUCCGAAUCCGCAGCCCACCAUGUUUCCGUCCUUCAACUUUCUGAGAAGCAGUCUACCGAUCCUGAAGACCUAGGAGACGAUCUCCCGACGGCGUUCUCGCUUCCGAAGUUCAUACCGUUGCUGAAAGAACGAAUACAUGUUCUCAGUGCAUUCACCCGGACGUUUCUGGUGUCAUGGCUGACUCUGCUCGAUACGAUCCCCGACUUGGAGCUCGUUUCGUAUCUGCCAGAGUUCCUGGCGGGGUUGAUCAAAUUUCUGGGCGAUUCAAACCGAGAUGUUAACGUCGCUACCCAGGGCCUGCUAGACAGGUUUCUGGCGGAAAUAAAACGGAUCGCUCGUCUCAAGAAGGGAUUGGCCGAAAGUCGCAAAGGACAAGGAAGUGACAACAGACGGUCGAUGACAAGCAACAACUCGAGCCUAGCCACGGAUCCAACCAUCGCGAUUGACGCUGAAAGUAACGAUAAUGCGAUCGAGGACUCUGAGGCUGAUUUCGCCGUGGAAGAAGAAGAAGGACUAAAUAGCGAUGGUGAUUGGAUCCCGGGUCAAGAUGUCCAGAUCGACCAUCCAAAGAUCCUAGAUAUUCUUGUGGGAUUCGUGAACACUUCCUUUGACGAGGAGAUGCAAUUGACUGCGUUGCGCUGGAUAGAUAGCUUUUUCGAAAUAAGUCCCGAGGAUAUUCUCCCCUUUGUUCCACGCUUGCUGGAUCAAGUUCUUCCAGCAUUGUCAAGCACCUCACCAGCUGUGAAGGAGACCGCGGGCCGUGUCAAUGCGUCACUCCUGGAGUACAUCUUCAGUCUGACCCUAUCCGAAGAUACCCCGGACGACUCGCGACAAACCUCAACCUCCAAGCUACCUUCCACAAUUACAAAGGAGCUUGCUGAAAGAAGGUCUUCCACGCCGACUAGUAAAGCCGAUGUUUCGGGUAGCGACUCCAAAAAAGCAUCCCCUCGAAAUAGCGUCAUGUCAGCUGUCCCCUCACCACCACCAGAGCUCGAUUAUGGCGCGGCCGUCACUUCCCUCACUCUGCAGUUCCUAAGCGAAUAUGAGACCACCAGAAUAGCCGCCCUUUCUUGGCUCAUUAUGCUGCAUCGCAAGGCCCCAAAGAAGGUCGCCGCGUUCAAUGACGGGAUAUUCCCUGCGCUUCUCAAGACGUUAUCUGAUACGUCAGAGACAGUUGUUACGAAAGACCUACAGCUUUUGUCACAAAUAUCAAGGAAUAGCGAGGACAGCUAUUUCAAAUUAUUCAUGGUCAAUCUACUUCAGCUAUUUUCUACCGAUAGAAAUCUGCUUGAGGUUCGGGGAAACCUCAUUAUCCGCCAACUAUGUUUGAAUCUGAGUCCGGAACGUAUAUAUCGGACUCUUGCCGACUGUCUCGAAAAGGAAGAUGACAUCGAGUUUGCUAGUAUUAUGGUGCAGAACCUAAACAAUAAUUUGAUUACCGCGCCGGAGCUGUCUGAAUUGAGGAAAAGACUACGAAACCUGGACUCCAGAGACGGCCAAACGUUCUUCGUGGCUCUUUUCAGGUCAUGGUGUCACAAUGCAGUCUCGACCUUUUCCUUAUGUUUGCUUGCGCAGGCUUAUGAGCAGGCUUAUAACCUCCUCCAAGUAUUUGCGGAGCUUGAGAUGACGGUCAAUAUGUUGAUCCAAAUUGACAAGCUCGUCCAGCUCCUAGAGUCUCCAGUUUUCACCUAUCUUCGCCUUCAACUCCUCGAACCAGAAAGAUACCCAUAUCUCUACAAAUGCCUCUAUGGCGUCCUCAUGCUCCUCCCCCAGAGCUCGGCUUUCGCAGCACUCAAAAAUCGCCUCAACAGCGUUAGCAACAUCGGUUUACUUCACACGGGCCCUCGUCUAACCUCAAUGGCAUCCACCUCAACCUCUGGAACAUCAUCAACCUACGACCGCACCAGCAGCCGCCUUAAGCAGCGCGACGAAAACUCCAUCCGCUGGGUCGACCUCCUCGACAAAUUCAAGUCGGUGCAGGAAAGGACCCGCUCCUCGCAGCGCUCCCAGCGCCCCUUCGACGCCAACGACGGGAACGCACACCAAACUACAGCCCUCUCCGCCGCGAUCUCCAACGUAGACCAAAUCCGCAGGGAUAAAACCCUCCCCGAUACUCCACGCUCCGCGCUCGGCGGUGUAGGGGGCCGCGCUUCGCCGGCUGACGGCGGUAGUGCGGGCAGUGCCGCCGGUGGUGGUGCCGGGAAAGGAGGGAUCCUGGGCCCGCAGAGGCAGAAAUCGGGUUUGCCGAAUUUGGGACGCUUGAGGAUUGGUGGGGGGAAGAGCAAGCGGUAA